CACGCCCACACGAAAAACAAACAAAAAGAAAGUGUGGGCGCUGAUUUGGCAUACGCAAGCUGGCGCACGAGCGAGUCACGACCGCUUCCACUUUCUUUUCUCUCCUCUCGCUCUCUGGCUGGGGUGUGGCGGCUCGCACCUCUUUCUUCUCUCUCAAUCACCAUCACCAUCACCAUCACCAGCACCAGCAUCAUUAUCGCAUCAUCGUCAGCCUCUGGCCGUCACACACGAGUGCACGCACACACACACACACAUACACUGAGUUCUUCGACACUCAAACACAACCAAUAACAAGCCAAGCCCCACCCUGCCCUUUGGCCCAUUGACACCACAACACGCCACACACCAUACACAACCACCACCAUGACGGAUCACCUGCAAACCGCACACGCCGAGCACCACGACGCGCCUAUCGGCAGCGCUGGUGGGUUUGCCGUCAUGCGCUAUGGAUACAUGAUCAAGUCGCCGCCGCUCAAGCGCAUCAACCAGCCAACCCUGUGCCGAUGGCGUCGCCGCUAUUUUAUUCUCCGCAAGAACAAGCGCCUGGAGUACUGGUCAGACUCAUCACAGAGGGAACUCAAGGGAUGUGUGGAUUUGAGAGAGGUUUGGCAGAUUGAAGAGGAUGUGGACUAUCGUGGACAGCCAACUUUCUGCUUGAGCACACACGACCGCAAGUACUUUUUCAUCGCUGGCGAUGCCUCGGACAAGCGGGCGUGGCUGACGACGAUUCGGGAGGUGAUUGGCAAGAGCACGUCAAAGUCGUCCUCCACGCCAGCGUCUAUCAAAGACACAUCUGGCACAUCACGCUCCUUCAACACCAGCAGCCACAGGGGGCACACCAACGGCAGGCUCAGCGCGGAAGGCGACAAACCACCGCCGCCGCGACGGUUCCUUGGCUCAAACGACUUCGGUGGCAGCGUCGACUAUGACUCUGAGGAGGACGAGCAGACCGAGGACACGUUCCAGAUGGUGCUCAACCCUCUCCGCGAGGCGGUGGAGCAGACAGACAAUGAAGAGAGCAAUGAGUUCAAGGCCACAUACAACGGCGACCCCAUCAUCCUGCGCAUUGUCUAUCCAAACCUGGAAAUGUGCAGCCCAGAGACGAAGCGCAUGAUUCAGUACUGGCCCAUCACUGCCUUGCGCGGCUACUCUCAGGACGACACGACCUUCCAAAUUGAGGCUGGUCGGCGGUGCCCUGGAGGGGAGGGCUUCUUCAAGUUUGCCCUCACAGAUGGCGGUAACGUCAGUGCAAGCCUUGCUUCCGCCGAAGCCAACCACUCGAUUCGACGAGAAAGCAUGUAUGGCACCGUUGGCCGUAAAUUCUAG